CCUAGGCAAAGGUCACAGGGCAGAUGUAGAAGGGUGAUCAGCAGUCUUGGCAUGCCUGAAACUGUCUGUUUUAGCAUUGAAGGACCAAGGACCCAAGGAACCUUCUGGUCCUGGAAAACUGGGACAGUUGGUCAUCCUACAGGCAGUCUCUUUAAUUGGUGGGCCCUUCCACUAACUGCAAAACCCCACAAAAGCUUUACCACCAGACAGAUGAUACAGACCAAGGGGGCAGAUGCUGGACCAGUGACAUCCCUGCAGGCUAUGCAGAAGCCAACUGUCGGUCAAACAAUCCAAUUCUCCAGGAGUGGAACCCAGUGCUCCCCACCACCUAGCCUUUCCCCCCGGGAUCCUCUAACCUUUGGGCCAGCACCCACUCUGAUUGGCAAUUCUAAGUCAUUAAAUAUGUGGCUAUCCUCCUUCAUCACCUUCUUUCUGAUGCCAUCACAAACCCUGGGUUCUUACUGGUCUCCCUGGGUUCCCAAGCAAUUGUGCCAUCAGAUGCACCCCUAGAGGAGGCCCCAGGAGAAAGCAAAGUAGGGGACAGCCCAUGGUCAGGCCAGCACAAAAGGGUCCCCACCAAGGGCUGCUCAUCCGCCCUGGUGAUUUAGAACACACAUGACUCAUCUCACUUGAACUCAGACAGGGGCCUCCUUGAAAGGAACUCAGCAUCCCUGGGCACACUGAGCCCCUGAUGUCCCUAACCCUUGCCAGUAUCCUCCAGCCCCACAGAAGCAGCCAACAUGCCAGUCACCAAGUGCCCAAAAAAGUCAGAACCCCUGUGGAAGGGGUGGGAGCAGAAAACCCAGAAGAAUGGACUGAGGCACCAGGUGUACGCAGUGAAUGGAGACCACUACGUGGGCGAAUGGAAGGACAACACAAAACAUGGAAAAGGAACACAGGUCUGGAAAAAGACAGGUGCCAUCUAUGAAGGCGACUGGAAGUUUGGGAAGAGAGAUGGCUAUGGCACCCUCAGCCUUCCAGACCAAGAGACAGGAAAGUACAGGAGAAUCUACUCGGGCUGGUGGAAAGGUGAUAAGAAAUCGGGCUACGGGAUCCAGUUUUUCGGACCCAAGGAUUAUUACGAGGGUGAGUGGUGUGGCAACCAGCGCUGCGGGUGGGGCCGCAUGUACUACAGGAACGGCGACAUCUACGAGGGCUGGUGGUGGAACAACAAACCCGAAAGGGAGGGCAUGUUACGUCUGAAGAAUGGAAACCGCUACGAGGGCAACUGGGAGAGAGGCAUGAAGAACGGGCAUGGGCGUUUCUUCUACCUGGACCAUGGUCAGCUAUUUGAAGGUUUCUGGGUGGAUGAUGUGCCCAAGUGUGGCACCAUGAUCGACUUUGGCCGCGAUGAGGCCCCGGAGCCUACCCAGUUCCCCAUUCCUGAGCUCAAACUUCUAGACCCUGAUGGUGUGUUGGAGGAAGCCUUGGUCAUGUUCAAAAAAACAGAGGAAGGAGGACACUGAUGCCAGGUGAGGAAGUGGGCACAUCUGCCACCUUUGAUGAGGUGUCUCAUCAAAGUCUCUGGGGCUUGGAACAACAUAGUCUCCAAAGGGCUGAGAGGCAAGGCCAGAGAGGGCAGGUUUUUGCCUCCGGUGGUCCACCUGGUCCUUUUUAGUUCUUUGAAACCCAGUGUAUUCUAGCCCUGCCCAGAUCUACCCAUUUGCAUGUUGGGCCUUCUUGGUGGGCACUGGGCUGAAGUCAGGUGAUCUGAUGCCCUUGAGUGAGGCUCCGGGCCCAGGUCUCCUUUGACACAACUGUCUGGUGGGACUCGUGCAGUCAUAGCCCCUCCCAGGGUGUGGGUGAGCCUGGGAAAGGGCACUAGUCCAGCAUUUUUCCACACCAGCUCCACUGUUGUCCUCACCCCUGCAGAGAGAGCCAAGGCUCAGGAGAAACUCAGUUCAAGCCCUUGUCACCCAACUGCUCAGACCAGUGCGAUGUGGCUCCUGAGGGAGGAGCCAGCAGUGACUCCGGACACACCCAUGGCACUCUCAGAGGGCACCACACUCCUCCUAGUAUGAGGUCAUUCUUUACCAAUGGGGGCCAGUGUGUCUCUCCAGCUGGCCUUGGGGACCCUCUUAUUAAGGCCUUCAUUCUAUGACCUAUAUUGCAGAAUAAAGAAGAAACCUGCUGGCCUUAGCUCAGGGUCCGUGGAAUGAGUAGGGGUGGAAGGGCUUGGAGGGAUGUCAGAUAGAUGGAAGACAGUUUCCUGGGUUAGGGGAAAAGGGUCAGGCAGCUCCAGGUUUCUGACCACUGAGCUAGCCCAGAGAGCAGAGUAAACUUGUCUCCCACCAGUUCUCAAGACUUGAGAUUCAAGCUGGACCCACGUUCUCAAUGGGUGUUCUCAAUUUUGGAAUCCCGUGGAAGCUUUCGAGGCUGUGGAUGCCUGGGUCCCAUGCCUAGGGACUCCCAUCUGAUUCAACUGGGGUGAGGCUUAAGCUUUCAAAAAACUACCCAGGGGAUUCUGAUAUGGAGCUGGGGUCAAGACCCCAUGACUGAGAGGCUGUGUGACUCUAAUCAGGUGGUCUCAGUUGUUCCAUCUGUAAAAUGGGUCUGAGGAGACCUCACAAGAAUGCUUGGAGACUUUAACAGAUGAGAGAAUACGUGUUAAGGUUAACUGUGCACCAGCUUUCUGGAAAGAACUCUGCAGAAAACCCUAUGUGCCAUUCUCGAGCAGUGAGAGAGACUCUUGCACACUGGGUAGGAGUGUGAGCCCUGAAGCCAGUUUGCCUGGAUGGAAAGCCCAGAGCUGUGUGUUCUUGACAGUGUCACCCACUCUAUUCUGUAGGCGCCCUCACUUGUAAUGUGGGACAAUAACAGAAUUUACCACCUGGGGUUAUUGUGGAUAGUUACUGUGAUGAUGAAAUUGCACAGUAAUUUUAAACUGGGUGGUAUUUUUUUCCUUCAGGAACAUUUGGUAGUGUCUGGAGACACUUGUGGUUGUCACAGUUGGCAGAGAGAAAUGCUACUGCUUGCUCUCUAGAGGGUAGGAAUCAGGGAUAUUGCUACAAUGUAAAAAACACUACAAAGGAAUUAUUCAGCUCAAAGUCAAGUGUUGUGGUAGAGAAACCCUGAAAUUUGCUGACGUUUGUAAAGCCCUCAGCCAGUACCUAGCACACACUAAAGACUCACUGACAUUCACUGCCCCCUAAAUCAUAAUUUGGCCUGGCCUAAGGCGUGGUGCUCCAUCUAUACCUGACCCCAGGAAGUCAAGACUGUCCACUGCAGUCAACAGUAACUACCAGAUACUCAGUGGAGGGCUAGGGGCAUGGUUCAAGUGGUAGCGCUCCUGCCUAGCCUUGAGUUCAAACCUCAGUACUGCCAAA